CGGACAUGCAGCGAGCAGUGUGUGGACGCACAUGCAUAUGGUCGGACGCAUGCAAGGCAGCCAAUACGUACACACGCAGACACAUACAUAAAGGGGCAGACAUACACAGACGUUGGUAUGUAUGUGUGUGUGUAUGCAAUGGAGCGAAUGACAGACAAAAACGGCCGCAUGGUACGAAAGGACCUAAUUGAGGCACUGACUCACACGACAAGAUGCCUGCGCUGUGUACGGCUUUGCUCGAUACGCCACACAGAAUAGAGACCCUCACCCUUCCCCACUCAUAUGACCAUCCUUUCCCAAUAUCGAUCCAACCACGACGAAGCACACACGCGAAAGCAUUCCUCCACACGUCCAUCGAACAGUCAGUGAGUCACUUGAACGGUCUGGCCACCCACUUGAUGCAAUCAUCCACGGUGCCAGCGAACUCCACCUUGGCCUUGCAGUGCUCGCACGUGUACUCGGGCUCGUCCAGCAGCUUGACCAGCGAGAUCUGCUCGUCCUGGCUGCGGGUCUCGUUCAGUCUCCUGGCGACCUCGUUCUCAUCGCGACGGCGGUCGUUCUCCGCCUUGACUCGGCUGAGCUCCCGCUGCCAGGCGGCCUUGCGGUCCGCAUAGCAGCGGGGACACACACGCAUGUGUCUGCAGGGGACGUACAUGAUGGUCGCCUGGCCGUGCUCCCCAAAACACAUGUCGCAGUCGUCAUAAUCCCCACCGUCAUGAUGCUGCUGCUGGUGCUGGUGGUGGUGCAUUGUUGGGUUGGCUGAUGUGGAUAGUUGAGGGUGGGCGAAUGAAGAGGAGGGGGGCGGGGGGGCCGACGAACUGCUGGACGAAGGUUGGUGCUGCUGGUGGUGGUGGGAUGACUGCUGCGCGGCCAUUUUGGCAAUCCUGAUGAGAGCAAGAGAGACAGAUCGAUGCAGACGAAGCCGAGGCCCCCCAUUGCUUUCCUUACGUCCAUUGCGCCUCUUGCAGCUGGCGUAUUAGCGCCUCCUCAUUCCGCUUGGCCUUCUGUUCCUUCUGUUUGGCCUCCUGCAACUCCCGAGCCCUUCGCUUGGCCUCUUCCUGAGUAUGCUCGAGUUGGCGGCAGAGCUGAUCGAAGAGCUCCUCACUCCCAGACGCAUCGCCACCCAUCACCGCACCAGACCUUCACACAAACACGCAGCGGCGAAGGAAAAGAGUGAUACGUGCUGUCCGUUUCCUCUCUGCCUGCCUUUGUGUACCCUAUGGAUGUCCCGCCAUUGCCGCCCUCCACCGUUCCGGCCGUCUGGGUCGCAGCGAAGGGGUCGGCUGCGCUGCUCGAUGAUGGUGGCUGGUACCCUUCCUCCUCAUACUCAAAUAUGGGCGGCAGGGGCGGCACAUACAUGUCGUCAUCAUCACCACUGUCGUAGCCAUAGAACGGGUCAGCCGACAAGCCACCACCACCAGAGCCACUGGCACCACCACCACCACCAUUAGCAGCCGCAGCAGCUGGGGCUGGGCUAGACGGGAAGGGAUGAGGGAAAUUGAACGGAUGUCGUGGGCCGCCAUUGUAGCUGACAGGGAGAGGGGAGCCGAUAGGAUGGAAACCACUGCACAGCACAGCAUUCAAGGAGAAGUUCAUAGAAGCGUUGCUGACAGACAGACAGAUAGACAGACAUCAUGCCCGUGUUACCUUUGAUCGAUCUGUGGGUAUGGUGGGGGCGGCGGUGGAAGGGCCGGCGGGGGCGGCACACAGUACAUUUCGUUGCCCUCACUGUCGUAGAACGGAUCAGCCGACAGCCCCCCACCGCCAUGACCGCCAGCAGCGGCAGCAGCAGCCGGUGGUGCGGGCCCGACAGGCGCAUGAGCGAAGAAGGGACUCAGCGAAGGGCCAGCAGUAGACAGACUGUAGACACAGCAGGAGAGAAGACAUCAUUGCGAUCACAUCACGACAUUCGUUGUCUGCGACCAUCUCACCUCGGCCUCUCCUCACGUGCCGGCUGCUGUUGGUCGUCUUGUCCAGUGUGCUGCAGCGAUGGCCUGGUGCGCAGCUCCUCAGCCGACGGGAGUCCUGGGCGGGGGAUAGAGGGAAGCGGGGGCGGCUGGUGGGCAAACAUCGUCAUGAGGCCCCUCCCCGCCCCACGACCUCCCACCGGCCGACAAGGAGGCGACUCCGAUCUGGACGGGCUUCCGUCAUCGGAUAUCUCCUGAGGCCUCCUGGAGGGGCCCUUUGGCGAAGCGGGGAUACCACGUGGCAGAGAGGGCUUGACAGGACCCUUGGAGGAUGGACCACUCGAAGAGGAAAUCGGGGCGGCGGGGACGGGCGCAGGUGGGUGGCUGGAGCUGCCCAGACGAGACGAAUCGGACUGAACCGUGUUGGGGAACUGCGUCCGCAUAGCUGCGUUGCCGUGGCGAGAAUUGUCUUGGCCGACAGCCGCUCCUCUUGUGCUGACUGUGGGUGGAUAGAAGGAGCGGGAGGGCUGGCUGGGACGACAAGCGGGCGUCGGGGUGGGCUUGGUGCUGUGUUUGGAUUUGGUCUUCUUCUCGCUUUCAGCCUUCUUCUGUCGGGCAUGUAGUCCGAAUGCCGAGUUGAGCAGCAUAGCGUCGCCGUCCUCAUCAUCGCUGUCGUCACUUUCAUCAGCCGCCGACUCCGCCGCACCACCACCAUAACCAGGCAGGUCGCUGCCCGCAGCGGCUGAGACGCUGCCCGCAGCGGCUGAGACGGACGGCACAUCAAGCGCACCAGACCUGCAAAGAAAAGGAUCGACACGCUCACAGAGGAAGCGAAUCUGUCAGGGCAUUUCGUCAACUGGGGGGAUUGCUCACGUGUCGGCGAUGGACGAAGAGGGUCCCGGCAGAUCCGCUGCAACCUCGUCCGCAGCAGAAGCCCGACUACACCUAGACACACCACACACAUGAGGUAAACAGUUCCUUCAGCCAUGCACCAUAGUGAGUGGAUGGCUUCCCUACCUGGUGGAUGCGGUAGUGGAGGGCACCGAUGGCUCCAUGAUCGGAUCAAAGGGGCUCGCCUCAUCCCCACCUCCAUGACCCUCCUGCUGCUGCUGCUGCUGUCUCUUGUUGGACUUGCCGCCCUUGUUGCCCUUUCCUUUGUUAGCCUUCUGGUCCUCUCUGGCCUUUGCCUCCUUCUCGCGUCGCUUCUCCGCGAGGAGAACGUCUUGCAUCCGCUUCGCCUUGGCCUCCUGGGCCGCCAACUCGGCGGCUGAGAUGGCUGUCUUGGGUUGGGCCUUGGUAUCCUUGUGGUGCUGCUGGGCCAGGGCAUCGAAGAAAUCCGACACCUGUGGCAGAGAGAUGUGAAGAUGAGAGCCUCGUGCUGUGCAGGAGUGUUGCUCACCUGUUGUGAGACCCCGCUGGUGCGUUCACGCAUCGCGUUGACCGACUCGAACUGACACGGCGGCACACAGACAGUCAGAAAGGCAAAGCACACACGACCCUCGGCGUAGCUACCUGCAGUAUCUGUCCGACGAUGGGGUUCGGUGCUCUUUUGGCGACCAGCGACUUGCCAUAGCUGCCACACAUGACACAGCGACAAACAGACACAGUCAAUGAUGCGUCGGACCUCCCUGUCUGCAGCUCAUGGCUGACCUGACGAUGCUCCUGAGAAUGUCGACAGCCGUCUUGCGGUCAGUGUCGUGGAAGACGUCUGCGACACCGAGCUGUCUUUUGGCGUCCUUGAGGAGCAUGUCACACAUCGCCUGUGCGAGUCCAUCGGUCCCCAACACCUACAGACACACAAACAAACGCACCACUACAGCUCUCUCGUCCAAAUGAGAUGGGAUGGGAGGUCACCUUCCGAUGCUUCUGACUGAGGGCAUUCAAAGAGGUCAUGCAGAAGGCCAACAGAUUCGUUCCGAUCCUCUCGGCCCUCUCAAAGAAGAGGGUCAGACAAGAGACGAAUCUCGACUCGAUCAGAAGGCCAGCGUCCCCACCAUCUGCACACACACACACGCAUGGUUGAAGAAGCCCGGGAGAUGAGUCGCCUGUCUGACGGACGUACCUAUCAUGGCCAUGGCUGGGGUGACCACAGCAGUCGUGAUGCAAUCUGCCAAGGAGCCCGUUGGAUCCUUGUACACUCUGUAGUCCAUGUACAACGCGGUGGCCACCCGAUCAGGCAGUGAGGCAUCCAGGACGAGGGCACGAAGCGGCUGCAUCGGGGGCGGGGCAGCAGCGAGUGUUUUCAUAAUCCCGGCUUGCUCGAUGUACUUGCCGAAGGCCUCUGACUGCAAAGGUCCACCUGCACACACAAAUACAUGUUUACCCCACAGGUAUCAGUCUCCUUCACCUCCUACCUUUCUUCUUUCGGAUGCAGAGGACGAGAGCGGCCUGGAAAAGAGCUCCAACUGUGGGGAUUGCCACGAAGCCCAGGGAAGAGGAAGGAUCGGACGCCGCGACGCGUUCCAGCAGCGUGUCCAUUUGAGCGUAGACGUGAGUGUUGAGAGCCGCUUUGAUGACUGGCCACUCCUCCACAAUGCCUGCCAAAAGAAAGGACAGCAGCCUCGUCCAGAGAACGCAUCCACCUGUACUUUUCUGACCUUCUCGAAGAGAUUCCCACAGGUAGUCUGCAGCCCACAUCAGUGGCAGUACUAAGAGCCUCGUCCUCGCUGAUGGCUCAUCUCGCAGCUGCUUCAGGCUCUCGACGAAAAUGGAGAAGGACUCGAGCACGACCGAAGGGAUGGGGCCGAAGAGGCUGGGCGUGAAGAGCACAUGCAGCAAAGGGACGGCCUCGUCAGCCACUACUCGAUGUCUGUACUCGCGGAUAAUCG